UUAUCUCGGUAUCUUGCUUCGUUUUCGACCAGCAUUUAAUGAUGACAAUUUCUUUGAAGAGCGCCGAAUUCAUAUUGCCAGCUUAUGUCGCAUGAUGGAACUUAUAAAAAGUGAAGGAACAAAUUUUUUGGAUAUGACUGCUGGUAAGAUGUUGGCUGUCCUACGUGAAGCUUUACCACUCGGUGAGCUCGCAAUUGAACCUUGGAAAACUUUCAUCACAACACUAUCUGAUGAGACACUUUUAUUUCUUCUACCUCGAAUUAUUGUAUCUAUCAUUCCUUUGUUUGAUAAAGCUCAAUCGAGAGAAUUACUGGAGCAUAUUUUCUGCUCAAAUCGUUUAUCCAUAACCAGAACUGCAUUAGUACUGUGGAACAAUGAUAAAGUAAAAAUUGAUGAAUAUUUGCCCAAAUACUGCGAAUCUGCUGUAGUUUCCAAGGUUUUAUCAGCUUGUACUUCUAUGUUGAAAGAAUACAGUGAUGAAGUUUCGGAACUUGCUUUGCACAAAAUACUGUUAAUAUUAAGAAAGAACGAUUUUGAAGAUGAAGAUUCGCGUGAUAUGCUUGCUGCAAACUUGGUACCAGCAUUAUUGCAUAACAUUUCGACCUCAUCAUCAGCACAUUCGAGGCAUUUGGCAUGUCUUAUUUUUGGUAAAAUUGGCGCCGUUGACCCCGGUCGUAUUGGACUACUAAGUGCUCAUGGCGUGCGUGUUGACAGAAGAUCAAAACCAAUGGUUUUUAUUGAUAACAUGGGACAGUUUCUGCUGGAAUUAACUAGACGUGCUUCGAAGUCAUUCUCGGUAAUGUUAAAUGCGGAUCUUCAAGAAGAAUGUUCAUACAGCAUUCAAAUAUUGCUUCGUUCAUUGUUCGCCUUGAAAGACAAUGUUGGCGAAAAACUGUGGGAGUCAUUAAGCCCUCAGUGCCGCAGAGAAGUGGCUAUGUUUCGAUUCUCCAAAUUUACAAGAACACAUAUUCGAGCAGUUUCAGUAGUUGAGAGGCAUAUCUCGGACGCAGAGACUAAAAGUUUAUUUGAAUCACUUUAUGGAAUGGUCCAUGCUGAUGCGGUCUUUGCUAGAUUUAUUAUGCCACAUCUUAUUAUUGUGGCAAUUAUCGAAAAUAAUGCUGCCUAUAUUGCUGAUUGUGUGUCAGAAAUGAUUGCUGUAUUUCAAAAUGCUCUCACUCAUGAUGGUUGGCCCAGAUUUGCUGCGCAUACUGUUUUUUCGAUUAUAGAUUGCCUUGAGCGAUAUCGAGAUUAUCGCGCCGCAAAGCGAAUACACAAUGAUGAUACUCUAACUCGUAUGUCUGAUCUGAUUGUUUCGGUUUUGAAUGCAAAAUCCGAAGAUGGUACGCUUUAUUGUAUUGCAGCUGCAGAAAAGUGUCAGUGUAUCACAAGAGCUCUUCGAUGGUGCGAACAAUAUGCUAUUAAACGCAACGGAGAAAACAAUGAAAUUUUCAAUCAAAAGCAGUUCUACACUUUGGAGCGUUUGUUUGCAUCAUUGGACGAUGUAGAUGGUGUUUUGGGAGCAUAUAAAAUGAUUGAGUCGAGAUGGGUGUCAGCGAUUAAAGAACGAAUUUUAGCUCUCGAAGCCAACGGCAAUUUUUGGGAAGCUCUUCCACUUUAUGAAAAGCUGGAAAAUGAACAAAUGGCAUGGAUCAAAUGCCUUUUGCGAUUAAAUGAAUCGCGUUUAGCACUUAAUAGCUCUUAUAAAGUGCCCAUAAUGAAUGCUGAAGCGGUGGAUGAAAUACGGGCAAUUCAAUUGGAAGCAACUUGGCGUAUGCAAAACUGGUCUGGAUUAGAAGAACUUGUCGAUAAAAAGCCAUCUGUUUCAACUUGGGGUGCUAGUAGUGCGUCACUUUUUUGCAAUAUAAAACGGGGUAAUGUGGAAUCAAUGAACGAAUGCAUUAAUCUGGCUCGUUUGCAUCUUAUUGAAGCACUAAGUGCAAUGACUGCUGAUGAUUCAGAUACUUACUCGCAGGCUUACAAAUAUGUCGUACACCUUCAUAUCUUGGCUGAAAUAGAGGAAGCUGCAAAAGAACUGAAUUUGAUUGAAAGCGAUCACAUCGAUUCAGUAAACUUAUCAUCACUGUUGGUAAAAUGGCAGAAGCGUUAUCCCUCGAUAAUGCAACACACCACUGCUCUCGAACCUAUAUUGACAGUUCGUCGUGGGAUAUUGCAUCUCGUAAAGAAUCAAAAUUUGGUACAAUUGCUUCUUGCAGAUUAUGAAUUACGCUCAGGGUCUUGUUCGUUUGAAGAUUUAUAUAUAAAAUAUAAAGCUUUGCCUCAUGUUGCUGAACCAUCAGAAGAUCUUUAUUAUAGAGUGGCAAUAUUUUUUGAUAAUUACAUUUGUCUGAAAAAUGGGAAUGUAAAUACUGAAAAAAUUUCACUGAUAUUGCGUUCAUACACAAAUGUGUUGGCGCAGGGUCGAUCUCAUAUAUUCCAUGUUAUGCCAAGAAUGUUGACUGUAUGGUUGGAUUAUGCGGAAAAAUUAGAUGAAGAUGCUGAUCAAAUAACAACACCGGAAUUCGAUUUGAAUCGUGAAAAGGAUAUUAGAGAAAUAAAUGCAAUAAUACACAAUGCCUUCAAGCGACUUGAUCUUUAUAUGUUUUAUACUGUUUUUGCUCAACUUAUUUCUCGCAUUACCCAUAGAAAUGUCGAAGUUUUCAGUACGCUAAAGAUGAUUCUGUCGAAAUUGCUGGCAACAUAUCCUCAUCAGUGUUUGUGGCAGUCGAUAGCUGUCUUCCGAUCAGAUCCUUUGACUCAGAAGUCCAGAUUCUCUCGUUGUCGUGCAGUUUACGAACUUGCCAAGAGGACUGAAAACUUUAGCUCUUUAAAAUUUCUUAUUAGCCAAUAUGAAUAUGUUGCUUCUGCAUUCAUCAGAGUUGCCGAAGAUAACUGUUCCGUCGGAAAUCAGCCUUCUUUUAGCAAGCGAUAUCCUUACCUUUCACGAUUUUUUAGCGAAGGAUACAUGGAUUCAUCAAUCAAACGUGAUCCAUCUAUUUUAGUGAAUGAACCGUUCGAGAGUAAAGAUCGCCCUCAGAUUAUUGUUCCUUUGUGUGAAAUGCUUCAGCAUGCCGUCCCGAUUGAGAUACCCAAUUCAUUGUCGCAGUUUCCUGUAAGUGCACCGCCUGACAAGUUCAAAAAACCUUUUGAUGAUUCCUUCGCGAAUGUAUAUAUUCACCAGAUUGAUGAAGAAUUUGUGGUAAUAAAAUCGAUGGUACAUCCGAAAAAAAUAACAAUCCUUGCUUCUGAUGGAAAUAGAUACUCGUUAAUGUGUAAGGCAAAGGAUGAGCUGCGUAAAGAUAGUAGAUUGAUGGAUAUCAGUAGAAUGGUGAAUACCUUGUUGAGGCAGAAUGCGGAAGCACGGCAAAGGCAGUUAUCCAUUCGUACUUAUAGUGUCAUUCCACUUCAGGAUUCUGGAGGAUUGAUUGAGUGGAUUCCAAAUUUAAAUACUUUUCAAUCAAUUUUGGCUCCCUUGAUGCGUGAAAAGUGUGCCAACGUAAUGGACAAGAAAGAAUGGUUUUUGCGCUGGAUCCCAAAUGGUACGGAUUUGGAAAAACUCGAUCGUCUUCGCGGUGAAUAUUAUACAAGGAAUCCGAUUAUUUGUUGCAGUGAGACAAUUAUGCAGCAUUCACUAAUCGCUUCGUUACUAAUACGAGCUUUUACUGAUCCAUGUAAAUGGUACGCUGCUCGACUUGCAUUCAUUCACACAUCGGCUGUGAUGAGUAUGUUGGGAUUCGUUCUUGGUUUGGGCGACCGACAUGGGGAAAAUUUGCUGAUUGAUGCAACAAAUGGUGAAGCUAUUCAUGUUGACUUCAACUUACUGUUUAAUAAAGGAGAAACUUUGGCCGUUCCUGAAGUUGUCCCAUUUCGGCUAACACGUAAUAUCAUCAGCGGUUUUGGUGUUACUGGUGUGCAAGGUGCAUUUCGAUAUUCGUGUGAGACAGCGAUGCGAGUUUUAAGAGAAAAUCAAGAAGUUCUUCAAACUGUUUUGCAGACCUUUGUACAUGAUCCUCUUCUCGAAUGGAUGCAUAGUGAAGGUCGUGCACAACAGUUGAAGCAAAUCACUAAUACUUCUCUUAAACGCUCACAUUCGAGUGCAGCUCAAGUACAAGCACAAGAAAUCAUUCGAAUGAUUACUUUGCGGCUAAAAGGUCAUGUCGUAACACCAAGAAUAUAUCGUAAUACGUGCGAUUUGCAUCCAAUGAGUGUGGAAGGUCAGGUACAAAGACUGAUUCAAUUGGCAAGUGAUGAACUUAAUCUUGCUCGAAUGUAUAUUGGUUGGUGUCCUUUCUUAUGA